UUUCUGUAAUCUGUGGUGUUUACAUUGCCGACCAAUUUGCCGACAUUGCCUUCGGUGUAUCGAAUGAAUUUGAAUGAAAAAGUCUAUAACUAUAAAAAAGAGAUUUUAAACAUCUAAUUGAAUAAACAGAAAAGGAUGUCUCAAAAUAGCGAAAAACAAGUUCCGAGCCAAGAUGCUGCUGAUCCCACUGGUCCAGCAGCUCGUAAAGGUGUUCUUAUAUCAUUUAGAACAGGAAAAACUAUGGAUAUACCGGAGAAAGAUAUUUUGGGAAGAUGCAGAUUUGUUGGCGAGUUUGAAAAGCUGAAUCGUAUUGGCGAGGGCACUUAUGGUAUUGUUUACAGGGCUAAAGACAAGUUGAAUGGAAAUAUAGUUGCAUUGAAGAAAGUAAGAAUGGACGUAGAGAAAGAUGGCUUGCCAUUAAGCGGUCUCAGAGAGAUUCAAGUACUUAUGGCUUGCAGACAUGAAAAUAUUGUGCAGCUCAAAGAGGUUCUCGUCGGCCGAUCUCUUGAGAGCAUUUUCCUCUCAAUGGAAUAUUGUGAGCAAGAUUUGGCGUCACUUCUGGACAACAUGUCCUCACCAUUCACGGAGUCACAAGUGAAGUGCCUCAUGCUGCAGGUGUUGAAAGGAUUGAAAUAUUUGCACUCCAACUUUAUUGUGCACAGAGAUUUGAAAGUGUCCAACCUCUUGUUAACUGACAAGGGAUGUGUUAAAAUUGCUGAUUUUGGUCUUGCUCGGUGGUUGGGUGCACCGGCCCGCAGCGCUACACCGCGUGUUGUCACGUUGUGGUACAGAGCACCCGAGCUAUUGCUGCAGUCGCCGCGUCAGACCCCAGCUUUGGACAUGUGGGCUGCGGGAUGUAUACUUGGAGAGCUGCUUGCGAAUAAACCUCUACUUCCAGGCAGGACUGAGAUAGAACAGCUGGAGCUUAUUGUGGAUUUGUUAGGAACUCCAUCUGAUGCAAUCUGGCCGGAGUUCAGCUCGUUGCCGGCGCUGCAGAACUUCACGCUGAAACAGCAGCCAUACAAUAAUCUGAAGCAGCGGUUCCCGUGGCUGUCUGCAGCCGGCCUGCGCCUGCUUAACUUCCUCUUCAUGUACGACCCCAACAAGCGCGCCACCGCCGUCGAGUGUCUACAGAGCUCGUACUUCAAAGAGCAGCCUCUACCUUGUGACCCCAAAUUGAUGCCGAGUUUCCCGCAGCACAGAAACAUGAAGGGCCAGCAAAAACCUUCGUCGAAUCAGCUGAACAUUCCCUUGUCCAAUUUGAACACGGGCGCCAAUGACCAAACCAAUAAUUUGCCCGCUAUUUCAGAUUUAUUGGGCUCCCUAGUGAAGAAAAGGAGGCUAGAAUGAAAAUCAGUUUAAUGUAAUAUGUAGAGAUAUUACAACAGACUAAAGUGACGUUCUUUUAAGUGAAUACGUUGUUUACACUACGAUAUGGACUUUAAACGUGAAUUAUUAAACUCUCAUUAGUAAUAAACUAAGAAUUGGC